GGUGCCGGGCGUCGCAAUACCUCUAGGAGUCCCCACAUGUCGAGCAGCGGUGGCAUUAUGCUUGCGCCUAAGAGAGUGCAGGAGCAAUACACGAGUACGAAGACGACGGGCAAACUGAACACGCAUGGCUUCCUCGACAAUGCAUCUUCCAAAUCAGGCUCAGACCGGACGGCCCGGCCAACCAACCACAGUCUCUCCUUCCGCGAGCGGGAACAACGCGAGAAGGACAUCAAGCGCGCAAAGGAGAAGGAGGAGGCUGCAAAAGCAAAGGAGGCUGCAAAAGCAAAGGAGGCUGCAAAAGCAAAGGAGGCUGCAAAAGCUGAGAAGAAGGCGAACAAGAAGAAGGGAAAACAGAACAAGCAGACGGAGGGCGCAGAUUCUAGCGCGACUGCUACGAGUCAGACCAGCAGUAUGGACAGUGUGAACAUCAAGUCUGAUCAGAUUGUUUCUGCCCCUGCGAGGGCGUCGACAUCCAAAGUGACAUUGUCGCCCACACUCUCGGCCUCGACAACGGUGGGAAGACGGAGGUCUGUUGGCAGUCGGCCUGUCUCUCCCGUCGAACCUUUGCCAAUGUCGUUGGAGAAGGAGCAGGCUUUCUCGAUUCGCGGGUAUCAUCAGCACCACCCU